AUGGAUUUACUUGAAAGUCUAAAUCGCGGAAAUUAUAAUUUAAAUUCAAAGGAUAUAAAUCUGAUAAUUUUCACAGAUGAUAAAAUAUUCAGAUUUCUCAUUUUACAUAAGCUGAAUGAGCUAGAUCAAUUACACUUACUCAAAUCCCACAUACACUCCCUUGAUGAUGCUAAAUACGCUGAUUUCUUAUCCACUCUACUCCAAAUCAACCCUGGUUUUUCUAUUUCUUUGUUUGACAGGGAUUUACUUUCCUUUCACCCCAUUGACUCUCUCUCCCUCCUCAACUCAGCUGCUUCUAACAAAUCUGGCUUGAAUUUGUUUGACGAAAAGGUUCUUGAAUUCCUGCACUCAAACUCCAUCCAUUCUCAAUCUCACUCCCUCCUACUAUCUACACUCACCCUCAUUAAACUUGAUAAACACCACAAUAAGAGUGAAAAUUUUCAAUCUUACUUGGAUGCUCUCACAAAUAUCUCCAACGUACACUCGUCACUCCCUCACUCUCAGUUAUCCCUAUAUCUUGAAGCUUUAUCCCACUUAUCUUCAUCUUCGAAGAUUGCACACAAGCUGUCUCAGCUGUCCACGGUCAUCCGUCUAGCGCUUUCUUCCGUCCAAACUCCAUCCACUAAAAUAUCCACACAGCUCUAUUCACAAGAGAAUUUACCAUCAACCAUCCCAGACACAUCCACUCAAUUCACUCUGUCCACCACUCUCGCCAACAUCUGCCAAUACGCUCCACCACUCACUGAAGAAGCGGAGACGAUGAAGAAGCUGCAAAAAUCUACGAAGCAGGUAGAUGCAGAGGAGGAGGAAUACAUGUCAUUCGACAAGGUGCGCCAACGCAACAGCAAUAUGCUAGAGAUGGGUAUUACAGGGGUGUUACCGGUGCUGUCCAAAUCCAACUCACUCUUAACGCGCCGCAACACCUCCACCGUCUAUCUCGGCUUGACGAAUGACAACACCAACCGCCCACAGCUACUGCGCGACGGAGCGAUCAAGGCGCUCCUCAAUAUGACAACGCACCAACCCGACUCACCAACAAGUGAAGAUCUACACGCCAACCAAGCUCUCGCCAAGAUGACUAUAACAACCCCACCCAGUGCUUUAUACACGCCGCCCAUCGCCACCAGUGCCCUGAGCUUCCUCUCACCUCUAGACGCCUUACUAUUUAGAGGAUCGCAGCAACUACAGCAAUUCGAGGCGAUGAUGGCGCUUACAAAUGUAGCUUCACUGGGAGCGGAUGUUUCCGAGAGGGUGGUAUCACGACGUUCUGGGGCUAUUCUCGACGCCGCGCAGACACACCUACUCAGCACGCAUACGCAGCUACAGCGAGCUGCAGCGGAGCUCAUAUGCAAUCUCGUCGGAAUGUCUGAAGGUGCAUUUAGACGAUACACAACAGAUGCGCGUGCGGGUGUUCAUUGCGCUUUGCUUCUCGCGCUUUCGGACGCUGAAUCUUUGUAUACUCGUCAAGCUGCGGCGGGUGCGCUGGCACAGUUGUGCGGUAUGUCGCCUUUGCCGUGUAAACAUAUCCUCAGUGAACCGCAACGGUUCUUGCGCGUACUUAUUGCUUUGCUGGGCGAUGAAGUCGGAUGCGUUCAUCGCGCUCUUUGUAUCCUCUUAGCUACCCUCGAAGCUUGUCAGGAGGUGCUCAGGACAGAUGAAACCGCGAAAAAUGCUAUCAAUCAGUCAAGGCUUGUACCCACUCUCAAACACCUCAUUCCUCGCUUGGCUAGUGAAGAAGGCACGCAACUCCUUCCGCUGCUCAAAGACACUAUCGUCAAGUUGAAGGAAUGUGGGGUGAGUGUGAGCUGA